AUAAAAUUUAACAAAAAAUAUGGCAGAGUUUCAACAACCAGGAAUUGUUUAAUAACCUGUUUUAUUUGGAGCACCUUAAACAGUAACAGGUUAACCUUAAUUCGUGAGACCAAUAGUUCUUGGAAAUUCAACUUAUUAACAAUAAUUAGUAACAAAUUAGAAUUUGGCUCAAAGUGGAUUCUAUUAAGGAGGUUAAGCAGUUCUUAAUCAACCAAUUUUGGGUGCAUCAGCAAUAAGUUCAAAUAUAGUGUCAGUAAUAAAUAAUUUUAACAUAGACUGGACAAGCAGUUAAAGGAGAAUCAAGAAUUGAGUAUAUUCCUUAUGAAAAGACAAUAAUGGAAUAUGAAGAAGUUAGAAGAUAAGUUUAGGUGCCAAUAACAAGAUAAAUAACAGAAUAUUAAGCUAUAUAAUAUGAAACAGAAUAUAUUCCUCAAGUGAUCUAAGAAAAAGUGAUUGAAUAUAUGCCAGUAGAGAAAGUAGCAGAAAGAGUCUAAUAUUAAACAGUAACUAGAUAAAAUGUGUUAUAAGUAAAUUCUUGUAUAAAUAAAUUAGAAUACUGUAUAAUAAGUUUAAUAAACAUAAUAAAUAUAAUAAACAUAAGUUUAACCAAUAGUGACAACUUAAACAUAUUAAACAACUACACCAGUUGUAUAAACUGUUUAAUAACCAAUUGUUACUUAAGUGGCUUAGCCAAUCGCCUAAUAAUAAAUAAUUUAGAAUGUUCCACAAACGUAUUAUUAAACAUAUUAAUAACCUAUUACAACAUAAUAUGUUUAAUAACCUUUAGCUCUUCCUGUUUAAUAGACAGCUUAAGUUUAUCAGACAUCAAGUCCAAGAAUUAGAUAAACAUCAUAAAUUGUAUAAGCUUCUGCUCCUAUUGCUACAACUUAAGCUUAUGUUUAACCACCAGUUGUUUAUUAAGCAUCUCAAACUAGAGUUGGUGCACCUGUUAUUUAAACUUAAGUGUAAUAAUUACCAGUUGGUUAUUAACCAUAAACUUAAUAAUUAGUCACAUAUUAAGGAUAAACUCUACAACAAAAUUAAUAAAAAAUAACUGGUUAAACUGUUCAAACUAAUCCAAAUAAUUAAACUAUUCAACCAUCUACUAAAACACCUAAAGUUAGUCAGCAACCUUAAUAAGUCAGUUAAGUUCCACCUACCUUGGUAAUUUAUUUAUAUUAAUCAUAGCAAUAAUAACAACAAUAAUAAUAAUAGCCUAUCACCAAUCAAUAAUAAUAAAAGUAAGAUAAAGGCUUUUUAGCAAAAUUAUUCGAUUGAAAUUAUAUUAAUAGUGCAU